UGUAAACAGAUCCUCGCAACGAACGGAAGCAUUCUCGCUGCGAAUGUGUGUCUUCUCGAGUCCGAUUAGUUGAUUUUGGUGUUCUCUAUAAUAUUGUAGUAACGUUGCAUUUUUCGCGGCAGUUUACGAUUCAAGUCCAAAGCUACAAUGCCGACCUGGAAUCAAAUGCAGACUCAGCUGCGGCAUCCGAACAACCCGGUGGUAUUUAUGGAUAUCACCGUAGGAACUUCGGAAAUUGGUCGCAUGGUGUUUGAAUUGUUUGCUGAUGUGGUUCCGAAGACUUGUGAAAAUUUCCGACAAUUCUGUACCGGCGAGUACAAGAAGGAUGGUGUCCCGGUUGGCUAUAAAGGUUCCAGUUUUCAUCGCGUAAUAAAGGACUUUAUGAUUCAGGGUGGAGAUUUUGUGAAUGGUGACGGCACGGGUGUGAUGAGCAUUUACGGUAACAACACAUUCCCAGACGAGGGAUUUUUGCUGAAACAUGAAGCCCCAGGACUGCUAUCGAUGGCCAACAGUGGAAAAGACACCAAUGGUUGUCAGUUUUUCAUUACCUGCGCAAAGUGUAACUUCCUUGACUACAAACACGUAGUGUUUGGCCGAGUGCUGGACGGAUUGUUGAUUAUGCGAAAGAUUGAAAACGUUCCAACGGGUCCGAACAACAAACCGAAACUGCCGGUUGUUAUUUCACAGUGUGGUCAGAUGUAAAACUCAGACGAACGAACCAGUUUUAGAAGUGUUCAAAAAAUUAAACAUUCUCAUAAGUACGUAGGACUGUCAAUUGUUAAGAAAGCACGGAGCACACGGAGAACUCCGUCUGCUUUAUAAAAUAGACAGAAAAAUUAGCCAACGCAAAAAUAAUACAGCAGCUGCCGCAGCAUGGAAUGCCUAA